CAUAAACAAUAAAUAGCACUUAAAUUCAGUUGGCUCUUGGAGUUAAGGAGCUGUUUCACACAUUUGUUUAAUGUUUUUUUGUGCAUUUAUAGCCUACUUCUCCCUGCGCUUUCUUCUUCUCUUUACCUACUCUUUUCUCUCUCUUCUUAUCUCAUUUUUCAACUAAUCCUUAUGUAUUAGCAAAAAAAUAAAAAAAUCCCAAAGCUGAAAGGGAAAAUAUAUAUAUAUAUAUAUACAUAUACAUAUUUUUCUAUCCUCUAUGCGACUUUCUAUCUAUUAAAAACCUCUCCUUUCCUGCACAAUCUCUGGACUUUCUUUCGCUUUUCUGUCAGAAAUGCUCCUUAAGCUUUCUGGGUUGUGUUCAGAAAACUAACUUGUUUUGAGUUCUUUUAAAUAAUGGGUAAUAGCUUCAUUUGCAGGAAAAAGAAAGAUACCAAAGAUAAUGGAUCCAGAAGCAAGAGAGUGGGCAGGUCUCAAAGGAAAAUGCUUGCUGAAGAAGAGUUUUUGCACAGGCAAGCUUUGUCUAUGGCUCUUCAUCAGCACCAAUUGUCUCAGAGAUUUGAUGGAUCCAUGUCUAGGAGAAUUGGCACCACCAGCUCUAGAAGACACUCUGAUCCAUUAGCUAAUAAUGAAAAAAAGGUACUGGAAUCUCUUGAAAAUGUCAAGUUUAAAAGAAUUAUUCUGAUACACGGAGAAGGCUUUGGAGCUUGGUGUUGGUAUAAAACCAUUGCUCAGUUGGAGGAAGUGGGGCUUCAGCCUACUGCAUUGGAUCUCACAGGAUCUGGUAUUGAUCUGACAGAUACAAACACUGUCACUACAUUGGCAGAAUAUUCAAAACCAUUGAUUCAAUAUCUAGAGAACCUUCCUGAAGAUGAGAAGGUUAUUUUGGUGGGUCACAGUAGCGGAGGUGCAUGCCUUUCUUAUGCAUUGGAGCAUUUCCCAGAAAAGAUCUCCAAAGCAAUUUUCCUUUGUGCUACAAUGGUGUCUAAUGGUCAGAGACCUUUUGAUGUGUUUGCUGAAGAGCUUGGUUCUGCUGAACGUUUCAUGCAGGAGUCACAGUUUUUGAUUCAUGGAAACGGCAAAGAUAAGCCUCCUACAGGGUUCAUGUUUGAGAACCAGCUAAUGAAAGGGUUAUAUUUCAAUCAAUCGCCAACAAAGGAUGUUGCUUUGGCCAUGGUUUCCAUGAGACCCACCCCACUGGGUCCUAUCAUGGAGAAACUGUCAUUGUCCCCGGAGAAGUAUGGAACCGGGCGGCGGUUCUAUAUUCAGACAUUGGAUGAUCGGGCUCUUUCACCAGAUGUGCAAGAAAAGCUAGUAAGAGAAAACCCACCUGCGGGAGUUUUCAAGAUUAAAGGGAGUGACCACUGCCCAUUCUUCUCAAAGCCACAGUCACUUCACAAAAUAUUAGUAGAAAUUGUUCAGAUUCCUUAGCUUAAUUUUCAGAUAAGAAAAGAACAGAAAAGGGGACUAUUCUUUAAUCUUUACUUGUAUUUUCUGACAGACGACAGGAGGUUGGUCAUUACAUAGCUGUGAUAGGCCGUUCUUGUAUGUAGAACACUAGGGCCACCUGUCUGUAAUUUAUUCUUUUUCUUGCAUUAAAGGGAUAGGCUGUGAUUCUCUUUGUAAUUUACAUGUUCUUCAAGCAAUGCAACAAAACUUUUGGUUAA